AUGGUCUUUUGGGCGGCCCAUUUCGCAAGAAGUUCAUCGCUCGGGUUGCAGCUCGGACUGAGCGAAUGGGCCACGGUUGAAUGGUUGGGGCGUCGGGGGCUUCGAUGGGCCCAGUUGUUGUCGCUGUUGUUCGACAAUCGGCCUUGUUCCCCUCCUCAUCUGUUGGUCAUUCACCUGGGCGGGAAUGACCUAGGUUUGUUGCAGGGCAGGGCACUUUCCCUGCAGGCGAUCUCGGACUUGCGGGUCAUUGUGAACAGGUGGCCCGGAGUCCGGAUCAUUUGGUCAGCCAUUUUGCCUCGCAGGAGGUGGCAGUCUGCCUGGAACCCCGCUGGGAUUGAGCGGGCCAGGAGAAAGGCAAACAGGGCCCUGCGGUUGGCUCUGGAAGGAGGUCUGGGCACCUUCCUCCCACACCCCAGCAUCAAUGUGCAUAAUGCUGAGCUUUAUCGGCCAGAUGGGAUUCUUUUCCCCCUUGUGCUGGGCAAAGAUUUCAUCCACUGCUCUAAGAGUGAUCCUAUCCCAGUCUCACAUGAGUGGUAUCAGUCAGGGGAUCUCCUCAUCAAUGGGGUUAUGUCUCAGAUGAUUUAUGCUCCUUUCAAGCAUUCUUUGAAGAAUAAUCCUUUGGAGCACUUAUUUUAUACUUCCCAUAUGGUGACAAAGUUCUACCAGCAUGUUCUGGCCUUGGUGUUUGCCAUAAAAGAGAUCAAUGAAAGUCCCAAGAUCUUGCCAAAUGUCACUCUUGGAUUCCACAUCUAUGACAGCUACUUUCAUGAGAAGAUAACCUAUCGUACCACUCUGGACCUGCUCUUCAAAUCUCACAGAUUAGUUGCAAACUACAAGUGUUCACCCUCAAAGAACCUAAUAGCUGUGAUUGGAGGACUUGGCUCCGACAUCUCCAUUUGUAUUUCAAACAUAUUAAGUCUCUACAAGAUUCCACAGCUCCACCAGAAUCUUCAAGGAAUGUCAUUUAACAACUCAGCCGGAGAAACAAUGUCUUUUAAUGAGAACAGGGAUAUGGGAGCUGGCUUUGACAUCAUGAAUAUGGUCACCUUUCCAAACAACUCCAUCCUUAGGAUGAAAGUUGGAAGGGUGGAUCCCAAAGCUCCUGAAAGUAAAGAAGUCACCAUUCAGGAGGAUUUACUUAUAUGGCAUGGAUGGUUUAACCAGACACUGCCUGUUUCGAGAUGUAGUGACUUCUGUCAGCCUGGUUAUCAGAAGAGAAAGAAAGAAGGGGAGCAGUUUUGCUGCUAUGAAUGUGCUCCUUGUCCAGAAGGGAAGAUUUCAGCCCAGAAGGACAUGGAUGACUGUUCUAAAUGUCCAGAUGAUCAAUAUCCCAGCAAGGAACAAGACCAAUGUAUUUCCAAGACAAUCACCUUUCUGUCCUAUGAAGAACCAAUAGGGACCUGUUUGGCUUCAACUGCUAUUUCUUUGUCUCUGGUCACAGUUUGGAUAUUAAUAACAUUUGUUAAGCACAAAGAUACUCCCAUAGUCAAAGCCAACAACCAGGAUCUCACCUAUGCUCUCCUCAUCUCUCUCCUGCUUUGCUUCCUCUGUUCCUUCCUCUUCCUUGGAAGACCAAGAAAAGUGACCUGCAUCUUCCGUCAAUCUGCUUUUGGCAUCAUCUUCUCAAUGGCAGUUUCUUGCAUCUUGGCCAAAACCAUCACUGUGGUUGUAGCUUUCAUGGCCACCAAACCAGGGUCCAGCAUGAGGAGGUGGGUGGGGAAGAGACUGACCAUCUCCAUUGUUCUUUCCUGCUCCAUUAUCCAAAUCUCUAUUUGUACAGUGUGGCUAUUGAUCACUCCCCCCUUCCCAGAUUUGGACACAAAGUCAAUGACUGAAGAGAUCAUAGCAGAAUGCAAUGAGGGGUCUACCAUUAUGUUUUAUAUGGUCCUGGGCUACAUGGGACUUCUGUCCUCCAUAAGCUUCACUGUGGCUUUCUUUGCCCGGAAGUUGCCAGGAACUUUUAAUGAAGCCCAGUGUAUCACCUUCAGCAUGCUAAUGUUUUGCAGUGUUUGGUUGUGUUUUAUUCCAGCCUACCUGAGCACUAAAGGGAAAUAUAUUGUUGUGGUAGAGAUUUUCUCUAUCUUGGCUUCCAGUGCUGGGUUACUGUGUUGUAUCUUUUUCCCCAAAGUGUACAUUAUUGUUCUCAGGCCUGAGUUGAACAAGAGAGAACAAGUAAUAGCAAGAAAGUAUUAA